CCAAGCAUGAAAACAAUCAAUAGUGAUUGUAGAAUCCUGUUCUCAUUCUACGUAUUGACUCCAAUGAAAAGCAACAUUUCAAUUUCCAUGAAGUUAUUGUUGACUCUUGUCAUAAUAAACAUAUAAUUCAAAGAACGACUUUUUGCAGUUAUAAGAAGAACAUCAGUUCCACUUCUUACUUAUUUAGCUCCUAAUUGUGGUGACCGUAAAACUCGCAUAAAAAUCCUUUAAAAAUGGACUGUUAUAGUGUCAUUUUUAUUUUUAUUACAUUACAUUUGCCAGUGCAUUUACAAAGCACGAAAUCCGCCAAAGAUUCUAAUCUACAUAUUACUCCGACAAAAAUCUCUUCCAUUGAAUACGUAUCCACCUCAGAUACAAGAAAUGUAAACCCGGACCUAAAAUCUUUAUGGGUGUAUCGUCCAGCUUCAUCGCAAUCAAACCCAGAUGAUGCGACAUCACAGCACGUCUUUUUUAAGCAACCAUAUUUAUUGACAAGACUCGCAAAACCUCUCACCUUUGGAUUUGAUCCGUCCUUUAACAAGGGAUACUUUGAACCGUUUGAAAGGAGACAAAAACCGGUUACAUUGGUUGCUUUCAGAAAAAAUGGUCAAAUACCGCGCAAAACCUUAGGGGUAGAGCAAUUUGACCCCUCCUCGAAUGAAGUAGCGGAGAUGCAGUCGUCUUUUAAUGAGAUCAGUAGUUUUUGGCAUGAUAUACCAGGUCUUUAUAAUAUAUGAAUAAUUUAGAUAUGUAUGUGUGUCUCAAUAAAUGGUACUAUUUUUAA